AUGCCCCCCAUAACCCAAACCGACAAGACGACCAGACAGUCGUCCGCAAGCAAAGGUUUCUUCCGACGCCACCGAGAUACUAGAGCGGAUAGCCGAUACGAGGGAGCCGGCAGUGUUGACUCCAACAAUACCAAUGGAUCCUGGAGCUCACGACAUUCCAAGAGAGAAUCCGGCGCCUCUAAUGACGGCCAGGACGCUGACACUUCAGGACUUGCCAUGACGGCCGGUGUCAUUACUUCCAUUCCUUACUCGGCGACUUCUGGCUCACAAGCGCCUAUUUCUGUCGACUAUUUACCUCGAGACGACCAAGUACCGGGAAGAAAAGAGCCGCAACCCCAUCAACUCGCCCGAGGGACCGACUUCCACCAAUAUCCUGCUUUCAAUGCCACAGCAAAUGGCGCAUCACACCCGACCGGCCCCCGACCGGCUCCUCAUCAAUCCUCGAGCUCGAAUGGAAUUACAAUGGCAUCAAGCCAGGCUGGGGAUCGGGGAGCAAAAUAUCAACAGUGGGGACGACCUGGGAGCAGCAGUGGGCCUCAACAUGGGACAUAUGAUUCAGUCUCAACCACUGACUCUGGUGGACAACGGAGAUCUUUUGAUGGAGCCAGUAUAAAAUCAACCGCGUCCUCAGCAACGAGAGGCUCUAGUCUAUUCUCCUCCGAAAGUUCUUCGAGGACAGCGAUGCCAUCUCGACAAGAUUCCGAUUCUUCUGUCACCGUUCUAUCUCCCACCCAUUCGAGGUUAUCGAAACUCACUUCACAUUCCGGCUGGCCGGCGCAACAAGCCUCAUCCUUUAAUUCGACCACGCCCUUCACUCCUGCUGGAUUUUAUCUUCCCAAACCACAGAGUGAUGCCGAAAUAGAAAAGUUAUUUCUACAGCUCAUGCACAAGCGUGGAUGGCAAAAUUUGCCGGAGCAGGCAAAACGACAAAUGAUGGCAUAUGCUCCGGCAAAGAAAUGGACUCUUGUGCACCAAGACAAGCUCACAGAGUGGCAAGGAGAACAGAAAAGAAGACAGCAAGCCAGACAAACUGGAACUGUUGAUGGACCGACUUCUCGAGAUGUUGAUGGUACACCAGAAUGGUAUGUCAAGAAAAUUUUGGAUAACAGCAUCACUUCGAAGCAAUUGCAGAGUCUCAGCGUCAGCUUGCGAACGCAACCGAUUAGUUGGGUCAAGUCAUUCAUCGAGGCGCAGGGACAAAUUGCAUUGACCAGUGUCUUAAUCAAGAUAAAUCGACGUCAGGCUAGUGGACCUACUCCGGUCAACAAUAAUUCUUCGCCUGAAAAAGACCUGGACAGAGAAUACGAUAUCGUCAAAUGUCUAAAGGCGCUCAUGAACAACAAAUAUGGCGCAGAUGAUGCUCUGACCCAUGAGCAGAUACCUGUGGCUUUAGCUUUAUGCCUCAUAUCUCCACGCCUUACCACGAGAAAGCUGGUUAGCGAGGUUUUGACCUUCCUGUGCCAUUGGGACCAAGGUCAGGGACAUUUGAAGGUUCUACAAGCCAUGGAUCAUGUGAAGAAUCUAAUCAACGAAAAUGGUCGGUUUGAUGCUUGGAUGCGAAUUGUUGAAGUCACCAUCGAUGGCCGAGGCAAGAUGGGCAGUCUCGUGGGAGCCAGCGAAGAGGUUCGAAAAGGUGGAAUUGGUGUCGAAAACCUGUUGAUGGAAUAUGCUGUUGCAACGUUGGUCCUUAUCAACAUGUUGGUCGACGCUCCUGAACGGGAUUUGCAAUUACGAUGUCACAUCAGAGCUCAAUUCAUUGCAUGCGGUAUCAAACGGAUCCUGGUGAAGAUGGAAUCUUUCCAGUACGAUGUUAUAGAUAAACAGGUGGCGAAAUUCCGCGAAAACGAAGCGAUCGACUAUGAGGAUCUGUUACAGCGGGAAGGGAGCAGUAUCGUCGACAGUAUCGAGGGCGAAGUUAAGGAUAUGACAGAUCCAAUGCAAAUCACGGACGCCAUUAUGACCAGAGUUCAGGGAACGAGAACCCAGGACUACUUCAUCUCAGCGAUGCAACAUAUGUUACUGCUCCGGGAAAACAACUCGGAGGAGCGAUUAAGAAUGUUUCAACUUGUGGAUUCAAUGCUCAGUUAUGUGGCCAUGGACCGACGGUUGCCAGAUAUGGAUCUCAAGCAGAGCUUGAAUUUCACGGUUCAAAGCUUGCUAGACAGACUGCAUACCGAUGAGGAAGCACGGAUCGCUUUCGAUGAAGCCACAGAAUCCAGGCAGAUUGCGGAAGCUGCCCUUGCUGAACGAGAUGAAAUGGCGGCCCAAGUUGCAAUGGGCGCAGAUGGACUCGUCAGGAGAUUGCAGAAGCAAAUCGAAGAGCAGGCUGGUGUUAUUGAAAUGCAAUCAAGGCAAGCCGAGUCCUUGAAGUCUGAAGUCGCAGAACUCCAACGAAUUCGGGCUCAGGAACUGCAGAGGAACGAACUGGAGACCAGAGAGCUAUACCUCAUGCUCCGAGAUGCUCAAGAUGUUGCAGCUUCUCGCGCCGCCAAAGAAGGAACCAUAGGCCAAGAUCCCGCCCAAAUGCAAGGUAUUUUGGAUAGGGAGAAAUUAAUGGAACGUCUCGAACGGAAUCUUGAGCGGACGAAGACCCAAUUCAAGCUUGAAGGCAAGGUAUGGGGUCAAACAGGUCCUUCCGAUCGACUCCGGGAACUUCGUGAAAAGAUGGAUGACGCUCUCGACGCCGACUUCCAAGAAAAGACUCGACGACAUCUUACGAAUAGUGUCAUGGGAAGUGUUCAUCGUAGCAAUGCCCACAAAGGACCCAGAAGAGCCGUAUUGGAGGCUUUGGCAAUCAGCGAGGAAGCCGAACAAGAAUCAGAAGCGGAAGAGGAGGUCAUUUACGAGAAACCACGCUUGGUCGAGUAUUCCAGACCGAAGAUUAGCGCAGACCAACAAACAAGUCUCCUUGGAGAGCUCGCCUCGAAGGUCAAGAAGGUGGACGAUGACAGCGAUGAAAAUGCAGCAGAGGGAGAUGACGCUGGUGUUACCACAGGCCCUAGCCGUCCAAGUCUGGAAUCUGAAUCUCCUAGAACGCCUUUUGACGAAGCACCAGCGGAAGCUAAAUUCAAUGGGCCACCACCACCCCCUCCUCCGCCGCCUCCAUCAGAUCCAUCAAUUCCCGGCUUGAUUCCCGGAUUCGAAGCUGGUCCUCCGCCUCCACCUCCUCCACCUCCUGGAAUGCCUCUUUCUCCUGCUACGCCGUCCAUACCUGGUUUUGAAGGAGGUCCGCCGCCACCGCCGCCACCUCCACCUGGCUCACUACCCAUGAGUCCAAUGUCACCUGUUCCUCCACCUCCACCUGGUGCUCCGCCGCUUCCGGGGGUCCAAUAUGGCCACUUCCUGCCUCAAUCACCAGUUACUCCUGUCCCUAUGCUCAAGAAUCCCAUCAUGCGCCCAAAGAAGAAGCUUAAGGCUUUCCAUUGGGACAAGGUCGAUACGCCACAGGUUACGGUUUGGGCUGAGAAUGCCAAUACCGAGUCUAGGGAAGAGAAAUAUCGCGAACUGCAGCGAAAGGGUGUCCUUGACGAAGUUGAGAAACUCUUUAUUGCAAAGGAUAUUAAAAUCAUUGGCGGAAGCGGCAACAAGGGCAAGAGCGACAAGAAGCAGAUUAUCAGCAGCGAUAUGAUGAGAAAUUUCCAUGUCUCUAUGGCCAAAUUCAAAAACGACUCGGCCGAUGAUGUUGUGCGGAAGAUCAUUCAUUGUGACCGAGAGGUGCUUGACAAUAAUGUGGUCAUGGAUUUCUUGCAGAGAGAAGAUCUUUGCACCAUCCCCGAAAACAUUGCUAAGCUCAUGGCGCCUUACAGUAAGGAUUGGACCGGACCUGACGCCGUUACUUCGAAACGCGAACAGGAUCCUGCUGACUUGACAAGAGAAGAUCAGAUCUAUCUACAGACAGCAUAUGAGUUACACCAUUAUUGGAAAGCAAGAAUGCGAGCUCUUGCUCUAACAAGGACUUACGAAAGCGACUAUGAUGACAUAUCCGCCAAAUUGAAGGAGGUUGUCAACGUCUCGGAAGCGAUUCGCGACUCAACUUCGUUGAUGAGCGUCCUGGCCCUUAUUCUUGACAUUGGUAAUUAUAUGAACGACUCGAACAAACAAGCGUCUGGUUUCAAGCUCAGUUCACUCGCACGACUGGGAAUGGUUAAAGACGACAAGAACGAGACUACCUUCGCCGAUCUCAUCGAGCGCAUCGUUCGCAAUCAGUAUUCUCAGUGGGAAGUUUUCGUCGAGGAUAUAGCCGGCGUGGUGCAUGCCUCCAAACUCAAUGUGGACCAAUUACGACAAGACGCGAAGAAGUACAUUGACAACAUCAGAAAUGUUCAAUCUUCGCUAGACGCCGGUAAUUUGAGUGACCCUAAGAAGUUCCAUCCUCAAGAUCGCGUUGCCCAAGUUGUGCAAAGAUCUAUGAAAGAAGCGAGGCGAAAGGCUGAACAAAUGCAGCUUUAUUUGGAAGAGACGUCAAGGACUUAUGAUGAUAUCAUGACAUACUUUGGUGAAGACAACCAAGACGAGAAUGCCAGACGUGAUUUCUUCGGCAAGCUUGGUGGUUUCGUGACAGAAUGGAAGAAGUCACGAGAAAAGAACAUUGCUCUAGAAGAGAACAAGCGACGUCUCGAAGCAAGCAUGGCUAGAAAGAGAGCUCAAGCCAGCGCCAAUGCAAGUGGUGGUGCAAGCGGAGCUGAAACACCUGGUAGUCCACCAGCCAACGGCGCCAUGGAGACUCUUCUGGAGAAACUCCGGGCUGCUGCACCACAGGUCAAAGAUCAACGUGACCGAAGACGACGCGCUAGACUGAAAGAAAGACAUGAUCAAAGAAUUGCCAGCGGUCAACAAUUACCUGAUCUGCCUAUCAAGGAUGGAUUGGAGGAAAGCCGCGGACUUGCCAGCGUGGGAGAGAAGUCAGGCGAGGACAAUCUUAGUACCGAAGAUGGUACUAGUGGCAAGGGAGAUGUUAGUGAGAGUGAAGAUGUUGCCGAUCGAGCGUUGAGAGCUCUCCAAGAGAUGAGAAGCUCCGCCCCGUCGACCGGGGAUGAAAUUGAUGUUAGAAGGCGAAGAGAUGGUGCGGAUGAAGAACGAAAGAAUCGAAGGAUGAGACGACGAACGGCACAACAAAGCAGCGGUGCCGGGAGAGAAUCUGUGCAAUCACCAACCGAGAGCAAGCCUGAGCACGAUAAACCUUUCUCUAAUGUGGACGGUGUCAACGAAGACUCCCCGACAGAUGAUAAGCGAUCAUCUGGAGGCACAUUAAGUCCUGUCUCAGCACAACCUCCACCGGCUAUCAUUGUCAGUGCGACGCCGGAUGAUGAAUCUCGGCGGGACGAAGAGAUAAAGAAUGAAGAUGGUAUUGAACGAGGAGUUGGAGCUGGGGCAUGA